GUGAAAUAGCUGUAGCAAAUAAUCUUGUGAGAGGCCACUGCUAGCUCUAGCUUAGCUGCUCUAUGGCACAGGAGAACAUAUAGGAGAUGUAACAGCAAGUGCACAGGGAGGGAAAGAGAGAGAGAUGAGUGAUUGGCAAUACACGCACGUGUCCCAAUCCCUCGAUCAAUCAAGCUAGCCUAGCCUAGCUAUAUAUUAACUAGGGCGCCACACCACAGACGCCGGAGAUCAGAACGAAUCAUAUCGUUCAACGAGCGUCCGGCCGGCGGGCGACGCGCUGUCGAGCAAGAGCGCCGCCGCCCGAUCAAUCGCUCGCCACCAUGAUUCACCCCAACCAGCCGCUGGCGCUGUCCGCGGCGAAGAACGCGAGCACCGUCGUCGUCGGCUCGCCGCUCCUCGCGGCGUCGCCGGCCUCCUCCCCCGCGGCGGCGUGCUGUAGCAGCCAGCUGCAGCAGCGGCGAGCCGCCGGGCCCGGGAGGAGGGGCGCCGGUAGGCUCGCGGCGCCGAGGUGCAGCACCAUCGAGCAGGCCGCCGGCGUGUCGUCGGCCGUGACGGUGGACAGGACGCUGACGGUGACCGCCACGGUGACCGUGCAGCCGCCCAUCGGCGUCGUCUACGCCGCCCGCGGCAUCGACGACCUCACCGACCUCAUCGGCAAGACGCUCCUCCUCGAGCUCGUCAGCUCCGAGCUCGACCCAAGGACGGGGAAGGAGAAGGAGACGGUGAGCGCGUUCGCGCACAGGACGAUGAAGCAGGACACGUACGAGGCGGAGUUCGCCGUGCCGGCGACGUUCGGGCCGGUGGGCGCCGUGCUGGUGGAGAACGAGCACCACCGCGAGAUGUUCGUCAAGGAGAUCUGCCUCGUCACCGGCGCCGACGACUCCUCCGCCGUCACCUUCGACUGCAACUCCUGGGUCCACUCCAAGUUCGACAACCCCGACCGCCGCAUCUUCUUCACCGUCAAGUCGUACCUGCCGGCGCAGACGCCCAAGGGGAUCGAGGCGCUGAGGAAGAAGGAGCUGGAGACGCUGCGCGGCGACGGCACCGGCGAGCGCAAGUUCUUCGACCGCGUCUACGACUACGACGUCUACAACGACCUCGGCGACCCCGACUUCAAGAUCGAGCACCUCCGCCCCGUCCUCGGCGGCGACGAACACCCCUACCCUCGCCGCUGCCGCACCGGCCGCCCCCACACCGAGAUCGAUCCGCGGACGGAGAAGAGGAGGGGGCCGGUGUACGUGCCUCGGGACGAGCAGUUCUCGGACGUGAAGGGGAUGACGUUCAGCGCGACGACGCUGAGGUCGGGGCUGCACGCGAUGCUGCCGGCGCUGGAGCCGCUGCUGGCGAACCAGGAGCUGAGGUUCCCGCACUUCCCGGCCAUCGACGGCCUCUACAGCGUCGGCAUCCCGCUGCCGGCGCAGCUCGCCGCCGCCGGCGCCGCCACUGCCACGGCCGGCGGCGCCGCGGCCUCCUCCUCCACCUCCACCAACAUCGUCGGCGGCGUCAUCCCCCGCCUCGUCCGCAUGAUCGAGGACACCACCGACCACGUCCUCCGCUUCGACGUCCCCGAGAUGUUCGAGCGAGAUAGGUUCUCGUGGUUCAGAGACGAGGAGUUCGCGAGGCAGGUGCUGGCUGGCGUCAACCCCAUCUGCAUCCAGCUCCUAACGGAGUUUCCCAUCGUGAGCAAGCUGGACCCGGAGGUGUACGGGCCACCGGAGUCGGCGCUGACGAAGGAGUUGCUGGAGAGCCAGAUCGUGGAGUCGGUGACGGUGGAGGAGGCGAUGGCGCAGCGGCGGCUCUUCAUCCUGGACUACCACGACGUGUUCCUCCCCUACGUGCACCGCGUCCGCGAGCGGCCGGAGACGACGCUCUACGGCUCCCGCACGGUGUUCUUCCUCACCGGCGCCGGCACGCUGUCGCCGCUCGCCAUCGAGCUGGCGCGGCCGCAGUCGCCAACGAGGCCGCAGUGGAGGCGCGCCUUCGUCCACGGGCCCGACGCCACGGCGUCGUGGCUGUGGAAGCUCGCCAAGGCGCACGUCCUCUCCCACGACACCGGCUACCACCAGCUCGUCAGCCACUGGCUCCGCACCCACUGCUGCGUCGAGCCGUACAUCAUCGCCGCCAACCGGCAGCUCAGCCGGAUGCACCCGGUGCACCGCCUCCUCCACCCACACUUCCGCUACACCAUGGAGAUCAAUGCCCUGGCCAGGGAGAGCCUCAUCAAUGCCGACGGCAUCAUCGAGGAGUCCUUCUGGCCCGGGAGGUACGCCAUGGAGCUCAGCUCCGUCGCCUACGCCGCCACGUGGCGCUUCGACGCCGAGGCCCUGCCCGAGGACCUGGUGCGCCGCGGGCUCGCCGUUCGACAGGAGGACGGCGAGCUCGAGCUCACCAUCAAGGACUACCCGUACGCCAACGACGGGCUGCUGGUCUGGAACUCCAUCAAGCAGUGGGCGUCGGAUUACAUCGACUUCUACUACAAGUCCGACGAGGAGGUCGCCUGCGACGAGGAGGUGCGGGCGUGGUGGGAGGAGGUGCGCACCAAGGGGCACGCCGACAAGAAGGACGAGCCGUGGUGGCCGGCGGUGGACACCCGGGACGGGCUCAUCGGCGUCUUGACCACCAUCAUGUGGGUGACCUCCGGCCACCACGCCGCCGUCAACUUCGGGCAGUACCACUACGGCGGCUACUUCCCGAACCGGCCGACGGUGAUGAGGAAGAAAAUGCCGGUGGAGGAGAACAAGGAGGAGGAGAUGAAGAAGUUCAUGGAGAUGCCGGAGCACGUGCUGCUGGACACCAUGCCGUCCAAGAUGCAGGCCAUCACGAUCAUGGCGACGCUGGACAUCCUGUCGUCGCACUCCCCCGACGAGGAGUACAUGGGGGAGCACGCCGAGCCGGCGUGGCUGGCGGAGCCGAGGGUCAAGGCGGCGUUCGAGAGGUUCGCAGGGAGGAUGAAGGAGAUCGAGGGCAUCGUCGACGAGCGGAACAACGACCCGGAGCUCAGGAACAGGUGCGGCGCCGGCAUCGUGCCGUACGAGCUGCUCAAGCCGUUCUCCACGCCCGGGGUCACCGGGAGGGGCAUCCCAAACAGCAUCUCCAUCUGAGUUUCGCUAGCUAAGAUAGCUAGCUGCAUUUGGGACAAGAUUGGAGAUGGUUAAGAUUUGUACACUAAGAUCAUGUACCAACACUAAUAGCUCCCGUGUAUGCCUGCCUGCCACGGGAGAGGCAUUUGCUAGUGUGUUUGAGUUACUAGAAUGCCACAAAUUAGUAAAGAGGUUAUUGAACUAAAGCUCAGUUCGCUGAGUUUUCUAGAAAUUGGCAGUAUGUCAUGCGGACGGAUGGGAUCUGCUGGAUUCAGCACAUAUCAUCCAAGAAAAAUUACUCACAGCAGAACAGGCAUGUCAUGCAUGUGACUGAA